ACCCACACCACUACCAUCUCCAUCAGCAUGGACGCCGGCGACGAUGAAAUCGAGUCGAUCCUCCACAUCGCCAGAGAAGUGAUGGUAUACAAGAUCCCGCCCCUGCGCAAGAACGAGGGCCACCGCGCGAACGAGUGGGGCGACCUCACGCAGUGGCUCUGGAAAGGCCGCAUGCGCAUCGUCGAGAAGGGCAGCGUCGCCACGAUACUGUUCGAGGACGGCACGACAGGCGAACUGUUCGCAAAGGCGGAAUACGACACCACGAAGCCCUCCGUCGAGGCCGUCCUGGAUUCGUCUCGGUACUUUGUCGUCCGCGUCGAGGAGGCGGGCAAGAAGGCCUACAUCGGCAUGGGCUUCGCCGAGCGCACGGAUAGUUUUGACUUUAACGUGGCUCUCCAAGAUUACACCAAGCGCUGCAAAGCUCGGCUGAACCCUCCCAGUCCGACCGAGGAGACUCCAUCCCCGCACGUCCCUACCGGUCCCAAGAAGGACUACUCCCUGAAGGAGGGCCAGACUUUCUCCAUAAACAUCCCUGGGAGGGAGAAGAAAUCCGGCAGUGGAACCAAUCUGCUGGGGUCCGACUCGACUUCCUCCGGGGGUGGAGGAGGAUUUGGCGGUGGCAUUCCUUUGCUCCCGCCGCCGCCGAGCUCGGGGAAGAAGAGGUAAUGCAAAGCAAAGGAAGGAGGAAUAAGUGUGUUCGUCUGUCAGAAGAACUUGGAUUACGUGUCUUGAUUGUAGGAUUCCGCAAUCUAACGCGCUGUUGUACGAUGAGGCCUGUCAUCUGACUGAUUUCCUUUAAGCC